AUGACUACGGCUCAAAUCGAGCGUGUCAAUAGGUCUUGGUCAGAGCUUUGCCAUUCGGUCAAUCAGGUUCUUCAGGCUGGCAAUGGCGACCUCCACCGAAUUCAGCUGCAACUCAACGAGGUUGCCUAUUGGGAACAGUAUUGGACAGAGGCCCAAGUCUACUUCUCAGAUGACUAUGUUGCGAUCAUCAAUGCUGGACUUCUCGCGAUGAGGACUUCAUUAACUUCAGAAUUGUUCAUCUCCAAGGAUCCUCCGAAGCACGCUCCCCUCCUCCAGCCACGAUCCAAGGUAUACACGGGACGGAGAGGACGUCCACCUGCCGAUAUAAAUCCUACCAUUUUGGGGGUGCUCAUGGAGAGCCAUCGCUCCCCCCCUCGCAUCACUGAUCUCUUUGACGUUUGCCCCCACACUGUCAGCCGUCAUCAGGAAAGCAAUGGCCUCUGA